UACUGAAAAAUCAAUUUGAUUAACGACACCUAUUCUUGAGGCAAACUGGCCUGGCAACGUUGGGGCAGUUUGCGGGUAUAACAUCUAUGUCGUCUAAUGUCAAAAUGGUGAGUGUAAAAAUUCUGUCAAUUUUUGUUAAAUGUAACAUGUUUAGGCAUUAUAUUAGAAAAACUGAAAGUUGUAUGUAUCCAGAUGGUUACAUUUUGAAAGCUGUCACGAAAUGUGUUGCUGAGAAUCAAAAAGUGUGUGAUGUUUCCAAAGCAACCUCCAUCCCAAAAAGAUCUCUUCUGAGAUAUGUUAAAAAUUUCUUGGCUGUUGGAAUUAAAGAUGAAGCUGAAGCAACUACAAUCAUUGGGGGUCACCAAAAACCUCAUAAGGUUUUCAAAAGCAAACAAGAAAGCAACCUUAGCAAUUACGUCAAAAGGGCUAGUGACAUUAAUCAUGGAAUCACUACCACAGAGUCACAGACAUGAGAAGAUUGGCUUAUCAGUACGCUACCCAAGAAAAAUGUAUUGUCCCUCCCCGUCUGCCUUGCAGUAUCUACCACAGGGAAGUCCAUUCCACCACUCUUUGUCUUUCCACGAGUUCAUUUUAAGGAAUAUUUCCUCAAUGGUGCCCCUCUUGGUUCUGUUGGAUCAGCCAAUAAGUCUGGCUGGAUAUGUCAGACAAAGAUUUCGAUUUGUUCAUCAUCGAGGUAGACCUAUCAACGAUAACAUCGUCCAAGAAGGCCAAACUCCCGUUCCAGAGAACCACAUCACGGCCAAUUGUUCUUAGUUAUUUUAAUGAUCUUGAUGUCGUGGCCAUUUAAAUUUGUGAUUUUUAAAUAACUCAUGUAUCGUUAUCAUUUCCACCAAGAAUAUACCUUUGAAUCUAAA